AUGCCACGUAAGCUACGUAAGAAUAUACGUAAGAGGAAGGGAGCAUUGAAACAUCCAAUAGUAAAACUGACACCACAACAACAGUUGCAACAACAAAUUAUGAAUGACCCCACUAUGUUGCAACAAAUGUCAAGCAACCCUAUGCUUUUAAACCGAGUUAUUGGUGCACAGAGUGGAGGUUUAAGAGCGGCACUUUUAGCGAAAAUGGCAGGCUAUGGUGGAGCUGCAGACGGAACAGCCUAUAACCCUCAAAGUCAAAUGAAUUUGAGUUCACUCAAAAAUCAAAUAACAGAUGUCAAAAAGUCAAACAUAGACAUACAGAAACAAAUAAGUGAAAACGAAAAGAAACUAGAAUAUGACAGACACACAAAGAAACUCAAUGAGUUAAACGUAGAGAAAAAGAAGAAAGAAGAACAACUGAAAGAACUAAGUACAGAGGAAUAUGCGAAAAAAGUGUCAGAAAAAGCAGCAGAAGUAGCAAAAAUGGAACAAGAUGUUAUAAAUUUGAAAAACCAUACUACUCAAUAUAAAGUACUGAAAGAUGAAGAAAUAA